AUGGAAUCGCAGAAGCCGCUCAAUGUUCUUGUCAUCGGUGCAACCGGCCAUGGAGGGUCUUAUCUAUGCGUCGAGCUGGUGAGCAGAGGUCAUCAUGUCACGGGAAUGACACGUACACCUUCACGUCUUGGGAGACAUACUCUGUACACACCAAAAGAGUUUGACAUUGAAAAUGAGCCCUUCUUGCACUUGAUUGAAGCACUCAAAGGGUACGAUCUUGUCGUCAACAUGUUUAGCCCUCACUCUUCGGGCCAAGCUGCCUUAAUUUACAUGCCAUACAUUGAAAUGUGUCGAAAGAUUGUCCGAGCCGCCAAGAUCGCUAAGCCGGCUUAUUUCAUCAAUGUCGGUGGCGCUGGAAGUCUUGAGAUACCAAGUAUUGAGCCUCAUCUAUGUGCCGCGGAUUGCGGUCAUUUCUGGAGAGCCUUCCGGCAAGCGUUUGCAGAUUCUGAGUCUCAGACACAAUACAUGGAAGAGCGUCUGGGGUCACUUGGUGAGAAUCUACGAAAGCUUCGAUCUGCCCGUAUCAGAGUCAGGAGCGGCGUUGCUACGAGCAAUGAUGUCGAUUUUAUCAAAGAGUCCCUCGAGCAGUCAUUCCACGCGGACCCCAGUCAAGCUUUCGUCAAAGCUGCCCGCGUCACAUGGAUGUUCUUUGACGGUGACACUUCAUGGAACUGGUCUUAUGUCUCCCCACCGGCUCUCUACCGUCCUUGCCGAGGCGGAGAGAAAUAUCAAGUCGUCGAAGAUAUCUUACCACUACGCGAUUCUCCCGACCCACAGUUCUACUCGGGGUGGUAUAAAGAUGAUCCUAAUGAUAUCGAGGGGAGACUGCGUGGAAUUUCAACAGUAGAUUUCGUUCGGAGCAUUGCUGAUGAUGCCGAGUCAAGAUUUGGGCUGCAUAAACAUUGGUGUCCGUUCACAGACUUGAAAGAUGACACGCCGCUGCCAAGUUACGUGACAUUUGAAAAAGGGUUCAAAACACGAGAGGAAAUACGAAGAGAUGGCAAUGAGUGA